AUGGUUAAUGCCUGGCUCCUUUUCGCCGAGUGGCUAAAUGGUCGCGGCGGAAUUCAAAUUGGCAGAGCAAAGUAUCUGCUGGAGCUGCUCUUGGCCGACGAGAAGGAUUGGCAGAUGGCUUCUGCCAGCGUUCGCUUCCUCCUCGGGCCCUGGAGGUCAUCCGGGAAUGACAAUGUGCAUUCCUUUGUUGUUAACUCAAGCCAUUAUCUUCCAGAGGUCAUUGUGACCUCUAUGGAGGCCCAUGCUGAAGUGCCGCAGGCCUUCAGCUUUCGGAGAAAUUUGACUGAACGUCACAUGGAAAUGCUGCUGCGGAGUCUGCAUGGCCUUGGCGGCUUUGCCCUGACGCUGCUUGCAGAAACUGGUUAUGAGCAGCGUUGUUUGGUGGCACCAGGAAUCCUGGGCGACUUGGGAUUUGCCGUUUCGCAGACAUUCACGUGGCAGCUGAAUGGUGUGAGCGCCGAGCUGGUCGACAGUUUGGAAGGUACGAUUCUUCUGGCAUGCCUGGAAACCGAAAACGCAGGAAGGCUGCUCGCGCAGCUCAAGCAGCAAGGUGUGUUUCCAAGCGCAGUGCUGCUUCCGGUUGCAGAGCUUCCGGUGUUGAUGGCACAAAUGGGAGAAGAUGCGAACUGGCUCGUUGGAGUGGAUUGUUGGGACACCAGCCCUGUGCACGGGCAGCAUCCGCUGAGCCUCAGGACGGAUUACAGCCGCGCCAAGUUCGUUGCGGAGUAUCGACAGCGGUACCUCGCCACGCCCGGCCUGGCGGCUGCGGAGGCUGUGGCUGCCUUGGAGCUGCUACUAAUCGCCAUCAUUCGGGAGGGCGAAGAUGGCGACGUCUUGGCUGCUUUGGAGUCGCUUGCAGUGGAAACGGUGGUUGGCUACUUCAAUUUUGCCAUGGGUGUGGAGAACAACACCUGCCGGGUGGUCCAGGUGCUUGCAGAUUGGACAUUGCCGGUGGCGGUGUUCCCGGAACCUCUCAAGGAGCGGGAUCUGCUAUAUCCUGCGCCCAGUUGGGACGUUAGAAACUGCACAUCAGCAAUGCCGGCCAAUUCUCGUUGGGGCUUCAACGGCGCAGCGUGCAGCCAAUGCCCUGAUGGCCAGGAAGCUGUUUUCAGGACGGAGCUGCAGCAGAGGCAUUGCCGCGAUUGUCCGGUUGGCAAAGUGCUCAUGGUACGCAAUGCUGUGGAAGGCUCUUGCUUACUUGAUUGCUCACCAGGCUUCUUUGAGAAUGCCGGCGCGUGCGACCCGUGUUCGAAUGGCACCUUCCGCUCAGAGGGCAUGCCCUCCCAUGAAUGCCAUGCCUGCCCUCUGGGAUACUUCAGCCAGCUGGGCCUCGCGCAAUGCGAGAGGUGCUGGGCGGGCACCUUCGGGCCCGCUGAGGGGCUGCCGAAGUGCGAACUAUGCGCUCCAGGUACGUUUACGAAUGGGGCCGGCUACUCGAGGUGCCGGCGGUGUCCUCCAGGCCGCUUCUCCGCGAAGUUCGGGGCUUCCGAGUGCCGAAAGUGCGCGAGUGGUACAAUUGCCAACAACUCUGGGGCAAGCGCUUGCGACUCUUGUGAACCAGGGUCGAUGAGUGUCCUGGAUGCAACACGUUGUGAUCUGUGCCCUACAGGCCGGCAUCAGCCAGGCUACGGCAAAUCGUCCUGCAUCGAGGACCAUGCCGGCUCUUCAAGUCCAUUGCCUGGAACUGCCACGCCCUCGAAUGCCAAAGGAUAUUUCCUGGUACGAUACCUCAGUGUCAAUGGGAGCAGGCCAUCUGCACUGAUUGAGCGAUGCGAUGCUAUGCCAGAGGCAUGCUUGACACACGAAGCAUGUGCAGAAGGGCAUGCCGGUCGCCACUGCUACUCUUGCCUCCCUGGCUUCAUCAGCAGCGGGACUUGCAGCCGGUGUCCAGACCGACUAUACGGAGUCCUUUUCGCUGCGAUGUAUUUCUUUGGCUAUGUGGUUAUCAUCCAGCUGCUCAUGGCAAUGGUAGACCUGGCCAGCAAGAAGGACUGUCACAUGAUUCUCUUCAAGAUCUUGCUAAACCACUGUAUUGCCAUGGCCGUGCUCGGCUCUCAGAUCCAGCGCUACAUCACCCAGGCGGGCUUGCUAAGCGACAACGUGGCCAUCAAGCUCAUGUUGGAGAUCCUUUUGGCCACAGAUGGGGCGCCUGAGGGCGAAGCAAGCUGGUUCUCCUUAUCCUGCUUGAUGCAGCCGCAUCUGGGAGCUGAAAGGCGCCGCCUGAUGGAUCAGAUGGCCUCGGCCCAGCACCAUGACUUCGACUUGGACGGCCUGAGACCUGCCCAAGAUGCCCUUCGAAAUUUCCAGCGCUUGAAUGAGAUUUUCGUCAUCAUGACCUGGAAUCUGCUCCCUUUCCUGGUGGUGGUGUUCUCUGCCAUUCUCUGCUACAGCUACCUUGACCGGUACAUGAGGUCCCGCGCAGAGACCUGGGCAGAUGCCAUUGAGUUCUACAGCCAGGUAUGCUGCUUCGGUGGCCGUGUGGCUGCGUUUUGGGAUGAGGCACAGCGACGCCACUUUACUCAGAUCUACCGCAAGAGGCUGUUGGGACUCUUCUGGCCCUUGCACUACAUGGCGUCCUUCUCACCACGCAGGGGCCACCACUUGCUCCGCUUCCUGUCGCUCAAGCAUUUCUGGCGAGAUCACCUUCCAGCGCGAGCGGCAGUUAUCCAUCUGAUGCAAUUCGCCGUCGCGAGACGAAACCUGCGUGUAUUGACCUGUGUGGAUCUGGGCAGUCGCGAUGAUGGCAUCUCUGUGCUGAUGCGGCAGGGGUCUGUGGACUGCCGUCCCGCAGACCCAUUGCUGAUCGUUUCUCUCGGGCUGGCGCUGCUCUGGGGAGUUGGCUACCCUUGUGCCAUCAUGUGGGGUCUCAAGCGAGACUUGCCUCGUCUGUCUGAUCCUUCUGUCUUAAAGCGCUGGUCGAUCUUGGUGAACGGAUAUGCGCGAACAGUUUGGUGGUGGGAAGCUGCGAUCUUUGUUCGCAAGUUUGCCUUCCUGGGCCUGGAGGUGCUCCCAGUGGGCUCGCAGGCUCGCACGCUUCUGUUCGCUGUCACCUGCAUCUUGUCGCUUUACUCGCAUGAAGUGUACUGGCCGUUUGAUGGCCGUCAAAGCGGAGUGUUGAAUCGGCUAGAGAGGUUUCAGCUUUGGUGCGCUUUGCUGCCAUCCCUGGGCGGUUUGAUCCUGAUGCAGGCGACUGGCAUUAGCAAGUCCAGGCUACCCUUGUACUGGACCGGAGUGGUGGCCACGUGCUUCUUGUGCCAUCUGGGCUUUGUACUGGCUUGGUGCUUUGCCUUCUUUCUCAACCCAGCGCUGCGUGCUGCUUCGUGGUUGAGUCGACAGCCCCUACCAAACCGACGAGGUAUGGCAGUUCCUGUAGGUGAAGCGCAGCAACGUAGCCUUCUGUUUAAUCAUCCGCUGGGCUACAGCAUUACCAAUCGAGCAAGAAGAUUCGCUGAAUGCCCCGCUUGA